AUGACGGGUGGGGUUAUGAGGCUGAGGGGGCCAGCGAGCAGAGGGACCAAUCCUCUUCCUCCUCGAGCCCCACACCACUCCGCCCCGUCUCGCCUCCCCUGCUCCUCUCGCACCGCCGCCUUCUCUCCCGGCCCACUUCCCUGGUGCUCAAGGUGCAGCAGCAGGGGCUCAACUACGUUCGAUCCAGCCGGAUCAGGCGCAGGUCGCCGGCAUCCGGCGCUGCGUGCAGUGAUUCUGGAUCGGGCUCAAAUCUCUGUCAGGAGAUUAGGAGCGGCUGCUGCAGUGAUUCUGGAUCGGGCUCAAAUCUCCGUCAGGAGAUUAGGAGCGGCUGCUGCAGUGAUUCUGGAUCGGGCUCAAAUCUCCGUCAGGAGAUUAGGAGCGGCUGCUGCGGUGAGGGCAGCAGAGCUGCAGCGGAACCCACCUGGUCGAGCCCCCACCCCGGCGGCUGCCUGUAGAGGAGGAGAGGUCGAGGAUGGCUCCCAUAGCCCGUCGCAGGUAGGGUUAGCGAGGAGAAGGUUGUCCUCAAAGAGACAUCAUGGUGGCUUGGCGGCCACCUCUCCUCAUCUACUCCUAACAAGCGCAGGUUCGAUGGUUCAUGGCAUCAUUGUCGUCGUCCUCGACAGUAGGAACAUGAGCCGCAGAGAAGGCCAACUCUCGCGCCCGUCAUCCGUCCACUCGAGAAGCUCUCCCAGCCACCCGUCGUCCACACCCCCAUCUCCUCUGGCUGUUCUUGUCUCUUCAGGCAGGUGAGCUCCAUCCUCCUCCCCCCCUUCUCUUUUGAUUUUGUGCUGGUAGAUGUGUUUGUUGUGGGUUCUGCUGCUACCAGGCUUGGCUGCUGCUUGGCCUAACUCUACUUGUGCUACUGCUAUGUGCUAUUAUAUGUUGUUGGCUGCCUCCUUGGUUAUUUGUGAAUCCGAAAACACUUUGUGAGAAGCAAGGAUUGAAGAGAAGGCUAUGAGCCAAUGAGAAGAGCUUCAUUUUUAGUUUUUUUAAGAAUUGAUGAAGGACAUGUCAUGUGUUCAGUUGCUAACAUUCUCUCUAUGGUGUAUGCACUUGUUGUUCAUUGCAUUGGAGGGAGAGGAAAACUCUUUAUGAGAAGCAAGGAUUGAAGAGAAGGCUAUGAGCCAGUGAGAAAACCUGAACUUUAGUUUUAUAUAUAAGAAUUGAUGAAGGAUAUGUCAUAUGUUCAGUUGCUUACAUUUUCUCUAUGGUGUAUGUACCUGCUA